AUGAAGUUCAGAUGUAGUUUUGUUUACAUGGCGAGAAGACAACCUCACAGAGUCUUCUUAAUUCCUGUCCAUGUCAGCCUUAAAUACAAGACGAUCACAUCCACCUCAGUCUAUUACGUCAACUGAUGCAGAUUACUAGAAGUGGAUAGUUUAUCUUGAAUUGAUGAAAAGAUGGAAGAGGACAGAUCUCAAACGGUGGUGUUUGAAGUCAACAAAGUUCCAGCUCUAACCCUAUGCACAAGUGAUAGCCAGGGUAUGUUAACACAGAGCCUGGAGAGCAAAGCAAGUGCAGAAGUGGGCAUUCAGAAUGGGAGUAGGCUCAAUCAUGUCCAGACCUUGAAUCACGCACCCAUGUCCAGCAAACUCAUGGAACAUGUGGUUGAAGGGACGAUGGUACAGAUCGUCGAUGGCCCCUUGGAGCAGAUCGUGGAUGGGGGCGUCGAGCACAUUAGUGACAACGGCAUGGCGCAGAUUGUGAACGGAAGCAUCGGGCAGAUCGUUCCAGCGGACAUGGAACCCACCGUGGAAGGAGUCAUUGAGCAGAUGGCCAAUGGGGUUCCGCCAGGUGUGGUCAAGAAGGAAGAGGUGAUGGAUGACGAGGUGGAAGAAGAUGCCCUGGAGGCUGAAUUAGACAAUGACCUCUUAGACGAGGAGGAGGAGGAGGACGACGAGGUUCAGAUCAAACAAGAGAAGGGCAGGAAGCUGCGCAGCCGACGGAAGAAGAAACGCAAGCUGACCUUCAUCCCAAGGAAGUUGAACAGGAUCUACCAGUGCGAUCAGUGCCCAGCCAUGUUUGCCCGAGACACUCAGCUGAAGUACCAUGCGAAGGUUCACGUGGACCAGACAGAGAAAUACGAGUGUGACCAAUGCCACGUCGUCUUCUCCCGCAUGAACAAGCUGAUGAAGCACCGUCAGCACGCCCACCAGGAAGCUCUCUCGUGCGACCAGUGUAACUCUCAGUUCACGCACAUCAACAGCUACAGAUUACACAUGCGUCUUCAUAGUGGGGAAAAGCCCUAUGAGUGUAAUGAGUGCGGUUCAAAGUUUGUCCAGAGCAGCCACCUCAACAUUCACAAGCGAUCCCACACGGGGGAAAAGCCGUACCAGUGCGAUGUCUGCAAACAAGCCUUCAAGCAGAUCUCCCAUCUCAGAACACACGAGAGGAUUCAUACCCAAGUGAAGCCGUACACCUGCCAGAUGUGUGGAGCUGCAUUCAUCCAGAAAAGUAGCUUAAAUCGGCACAGUAGGAUUCACACUGGAGAAAAGCCAUAUGUCUGCGCUAUCUGCCAAGCCGCAUUUUGUGUCAAAAACAACCUCACGCGACACAUGAUCACCCAUACUGGCGAGCAGCCCUAUAAGUGUGAUCUCUGCCCAGCAUCUUUUGGACAGGCCAUUGACCUGAAGCGCCAUAAAAUAGCCCACACUGGAGUGAAGCCUUAUCAAUGUGAUAUAUGUGAUGCUUCAUUUAGUCGCAAGAAUAAUCUGAAAUGGCACAAAUUUACUCAUACAGGAGAGACACCUUUCAGAUGUGAGGAGUGCAUGGCUGAAUUCAUUCGACCAAGAGACCUAAAGAAACACAAGCAGAGCCAUGAAACUGUCAAACCCCAUGUAUGUGAUGUGUGCCAACAGCAGUUCCCACAGGCUAGUGCCCUUAAACGUCAUAGGAUGACUCAUACUGGUGAAAAACCCUUUGUAUGUGAUAAGUGUUGUGCUACCUUUGUUGAUAAGAGUGCCCUAAAACGACACAUGUACAAGCAUAAUAGUGUGAAGCCUUUUGCCUGUAAGAGAUGUGACACAACAUUCCGAGAAUUCCGUAGCUUAAAACGUCACUGUGUGCAAGUUCACAGGGAAGAACCUGAUGAUAAGGAAUACCUGAUACAGCAGCAACAGGUCCAGCCACAGCCACAGCACCAGCAAGUUGCUACUGUGCAGUCAAGUGCAAUAAUUACGACUCAGGAUGCAAGUCACCUGACCUCGUACAUUCAGCCAGUCCCACAACAAACUCCGCAACAGAUGGCCCAGAUCCCAACGUUAAUGCUGUCUGGGGGGCCUGGCCAGCCAGCACGUGCCGCCAGACCUGCCAACAACUGCCAGAACCACACAGCACAUGUACUGACGUUUGGAGGGAACAACCAGUGGCAGUCCUGGUGCUUCUGUGAAAGUCCAGCUAUUCCAGAAGCACCACAACAAGUAAUGGUCACCACUUCUGCAGCACCUGUUACUCUUCCAGUCACCACACACCAGCAACAAGUACAGCAGCAACAGGAUCAGCAGCAGCAACAACAGCAACAGCAACAACAGCAAGUUGCGCCAUUCACCAUGUCAGUCAAAGCUCCUGCAAUGCCAACACACAUACAACUGCAGUUCCCAUUUGGAGAUGCACAGGCAGCAACUGGCCAUACGCAGUGGGUAUCAGGAGGCUGGGGAAAGUAAUAGCAGAAUUGCAUGUAAGAUGUUUUAUAUUUUUUUCCAAAUUCAACUGCCAGAUGUAAAUCCAUGUAACAUAGUGUAACUACAAUCAGAGGCCAGUAGGAGGCAAAAGAGGAACUGCAUGAAGAGAGACUUAACUGCUCUGAUGGUGGUAACAUGAAGAAAUUUUAAUGUAAUAUAUCAAACAGACCUGUCCAGGCUGCAAACGGCGCCUGUGCUUCUCAAAAUACCUUAGUUACAAUUAGAGGUGGUGUAUAUACUUGCCCUUCAGUGCAGUAUCUGCAAUGUGGGUUGAAGGUGAAGCAGUACAGUGAUGAUAUUACUUGAAUCAUAUUGUGUUUCAUUAUGUCCAUGAAUCCAUGAAACGCAGUGAUAAUACAGCAUAAUGUCUGGUUAAUGAAUUGCAAGGCAUUCCAGUAACUGUAGAGUAUAAAUGUGUAUAUAAUAUUCUCAUUUGUAAAUAGGCCUACAUUAGGGAAUUAUGAGAUGUACAGAUGCAAGUGUGUAUGAUUUGUAUAUGUUUGCAUGUUGUGAUGAAGCUGAAAUUUCUUAUUGUCGUGCCAAAGGAAUGACCAGUUAAUGUGUGAAUAUGAAUCGUCCAUUGUAAGAAGAGAUGGUGGAAAGCAAGAGGAAGAAGUGCAGUCAGAUAUAAAGUCCUAAAAGGAAAGUGAAGUGUGGAAGCAACUCCCCCGAAAAAAGAACGAGAAGGCUAAAAGCAUUUUAAUUUUCGUACGUAAUUUCAAUCUGUAUGUUGUUCAUUACAGUGUGUUUUUAAUUUGACAUGAAGCGUUUACUUGGGGUGUCGUGUGUAACUUUAAUGCAGAGGAUGUAAGUGUUACCAUAACUUGAAUCACAGACUUGUCGACUUGCUUACCUGUGUUUGCUCUCUUUUCAAAUGAUCAUGGCCUGAUAACAUUGGCAGGUGCAAGUGACUGCAAUAUAAAUACUUAUGUUUUUGUUACUAUCAUUUUUAACCCUUUUAACUUAUUUUGUAUUCAUUGAAAUAGGAUGAUAGAAUAUGCAGUGCAAUAAUGAUAAUUGUAUUUAGUUAUUAAAGGCAGAUCAAGUUUCA